CAAAUUUUUAACAAAAGGAUUCAGGAGAGUGGGUACCCUGUUCGAGUCUUCAUCCCGCUCUAAUGGCACAUUCAUUGAUGACGAACCAGGACAGAAAUGCAACCAACGCGUGUUUAGCGGUGAUCGGUUCUGCGCAGGCCUGGUUCGUCUCAAACGAGCCUCCAGUUUAUUUUAAAGAAGAAAACAAAUGCGGGGACCAUGAACAAAGAAGAAUAUCGGCAACAGCACGACACUGAAAGUGUUCGUUUUAAAGACAAACCGGACAUUAAACCGCUCGUAGUUCAUCAUCAGCAGGAUAUAAACCAAACUGAUGAUGUCUCACAGCUGUUGGUGAUUAAAGAGGUUCCACCUGACUGGAGUCCCACUACGAACCAGCAGGAGACCGUCCACAUAAAAGAAGAGCAGGAAGAGCUUUGGGCCAGUCAGGAGGGAGAGCAGCCUAAUGGGCUCGAGGUAGCUGAUAUCUCCAAGUUUCCAAUCCAUGCAGUCCAUCUUAAGUGUGAAGAGGAAAAAGAGAAAUCUGAGUACUUACAACCGUCUCAACAAAAAACUGGGUGCAACAGAGAAGCAGAGCCUUUAACCAGCCUCCCAACUACACAAAUAAAAAUGGAAACUGAUGGUGAGGACUGUGGAGGACCAGAAUCAGCUAGAAACCUCAAUCAAGAUUUGUAUUUACCUCCAAAUAGUGAUGAAAAUGCUGCCAACUUUUCAGAGACUGAAGUCAGUAUUAAUGAUGAUGAUGAUGAUGUUGAUGAUGACUGUUAUUGGCAGGAGCCUCUGUCAGACUCUGGACCUGAAAUUGAAGACAGUGACAGUGAUUGUAAGGAAACUGGAGCACCUGAAUCAGGUGUAAAUAGUGAUAAAAGAUGUAACAGUGCUAAAGUAUCCUUUAGCCCCUCCGAAUUUGAAAAAGCUCUUCUUUGCAAGCAGUCUCUUCAGGGGGAGAGGGGAAGAAUGUCUUCCACUGGUUUGGAUAAAAAGAAAUGCCUCACAGUAAAGCAGAAUGUUGAUUCACAAAUGUCAGUCCACACCAGAAAGAAACCAUUUGGUUGUGAUGUUUGUGGACAGAGAUUCAACCAAAAAACACAUCUAAACACUCACAUGCGAAUUCACACAGGAGAGAAACCAUUCUGUUGUGAUUUUUGUGGCCAGAGAUUCAACCAGAAAACACAUCUCAAGAUCCAUAUGAGAAUUCACACAGGAGAGAAACCAUUUGGUUGUGAUAACUGUGGUAAAAGAUUUAGACAUCAGUGCACUCUUAAAAUACAUAUGGCGGCUCACACAGGGGAGAAACCAUUUAGUUGUGAAGAUUGUGGUAAAAGAUUUAGCCAUCAGAAAAUUCUGAAAGCACACAUGACAAUUCACACAGGAGAGAAACCAUUUCACUGCGAUGAAUGUGGUAAAAGUUUUAGCCAACAGGGAAUUCUGAAGGCACAUAUGACAGUUCACACAGGAGAGAAACCAUUUGGUUGCAGCAGCUGUGAUAAAAAAUUUAGACUACAGAGUGAUCUUACAGCGCACAUGAGGGUCCACACAGGAGAGAAACCAUUUGGUUGUGAUAAGUGUGGUAAAAGAUUUAGCCAAAAGGGAUGUCUGCAAAGACAUCUUAGACUUCACACAGGAGAAAAACCGUUUAGUUGUGAUGAGUGUGGUAAACAAUUUAAGCGAAAGACACACCUUAAAGCACACAUGACAGUUCACACAGGAGAGAAACCAUUUGGUUGUGAUGUCUGUGGUGUAACAUUUUCACGACAAGGAACUCUGAAGAGACAUAUGAGAGUCCACACACGAUAAAAACUGCAAAAUCACAGGGCUUAGUGUGAAAGAUUGUAUAGAGUGUUAAAGUGUGUUGGGGCACAUAAAAGCAGUGGAUUUCCUGUAUGGCAGCGAGUUAGCUGACAGUGUAGUGUCAUAGCUUCCAGACAGGUCUAUUGCAUUUCCCCACUUUGACUUCUGAAGUUAAAACCAAAAUGCGGAAGGGGAAAAACAUCCUAGCGAAGUGAAAGAUGGGGUAAAAAGAUGAUGAUGUUGUCAAACAUGAGGACAUGGACACCCUGAAAGCUAGCAUCCAGGUAUGAGGAAUGAGGUAAAUGCUGCCCAGUCACAUGUGAAGGUGGAGUGAAGAAACUUCCACAGUUUAAAAAUAUUUAUUUGGGAUGUUCAGUCCAGUUUGACUGAUACUGCAACAUCCAUCUAUCUAUCCAUCCAUCUGUCCUCCGUACAUCCAGUUCAGGGUUGUGGUUUGGCUGGAGUCUAUCCCAGCUGCCGCAUGGCUUACACAGAGACAGAC